AGGGCCAGCCAGAGAGGGGACCAUGCGGAGCCCAGAGCCAAUAGAGCACAGGGCACAGUGCGCCCAAGUCACCCUGCCCACCCACUAUUAUCACGAAGGGAAGUCGCGCUCAUGGCAGCUCUGAAGGGGCCCCGGGCUCUGCGAGGGACCAUACGCACCACCUGGCCUGGCCACGCCACCCUUCCCCUGUGGUCAACCAGUGAAGAGGCUGGUGAUGGGGGCAGCUCAGUGUCGUCUGGCUGCUUCUCGGGCUCCUCAGGGGGUCAUGUAUCACCCACGUUGCACCAUGUGCCCUGGAGGAAGCAGCCCCCACCGUCCCUGAGGCCCAAACAGCAGCCUCAGAGCCGAGACACCCAGCUAGAGCUGCUGAAGGCCAAGAUUCGAUCCCAGGCCCGGCGGCAGGCUAGCUACACAUCCCUGGGCACCUCUGCGCCCUCCAGUGCCUCUUAUCUCUACUCCUCACUGGCACCAACCCUCACCCGGGCCCCCUGUCCCACCCGGAGCCCCACUUGCACAGGGCACCUGGGAGUCUGCACCCAGCUGGGAAUUAUGGGUGACGUGCCCUGUUGCUCCCUCGUUCCCAUCUCAGUGCUCCAGAAUAAAGUCCAGAGGAUGAAGAGCAGUCCUUGCAAAAGGCAGAAGCACUCCAGGUGCCCCGGAGUUGCAGCCAGGGACAGAGGGACCAGCAAGAUGGUCAGUGCUGGCCGGAGCCGCUCUCUCCGCACCCCCGUGACCAGUUCAGCCUCUGUCAGCAACAGCCACCUGGCGUCUGCCCACCUGUCCAGCAGGACCUCCUGUGAUGCGCCCGGGACCCUCCGUACAGCGAUGUCCAUCCUCAGAGACCUCCGUCACCAGAUCCAGACCGGACUGGAGUUGGCCCGGAGCCGACCCAGAAUGGGGCUGGAGUUGGGUCCCCGGGACCUGCGGGGGAAGAAGCAGCCCUGGAAGAACCCUGAGUCCUGUGUCGGCUUCUCUAAGACCUCUCAGGCCAGAGCAGAGGGACAAGGCCUGAGGAGGGCUGAAAGCUACCCACUUGGACAGAUUCUAGACACCCAGAGACACAGAGACCCCUUAUUCCGAAGGCCCCAGAGCCCCUCUGGUGGGCUGAGCCAUGUCCUUCAGCGUCCCUGGAGUGCCUCUGCUGGGUGGGGCUCCCGGAACCCUAGGAUCUGGCCUUGGGAAGAAAGGGAGUCAACAUCCUGGGGUCUGGGGAACUCCCCAGCCCAGCGCUCUUGGAGUGCCUCAAUACCACAGCCGGGUGCUCACUUGCCUCCCCGGGGACCCAAACUUGCCUGGCAGAAGCCAACCCAAAAGGAACACCCCAAAGUGGAGAAGAAGCAGCCCCUGACCUGCCCGAAGCCGCUAGCACCCCUGGCCCCCCUCCACAGCCCUGAGUCUUUGCGGGACUUUAUGCGACAGCGGGCACAAGCUCAGCGAUGCCAGGCCCUGGAAGAGAAGGCCCUGGCUGCACGGGCACGAAAGGAGGAGUUCCGGCGACGCAGGGAGGCUGUCCUUGGCACUGUGUUGCCCGGCCCCUGCAUAGCCACCACCCCGCAGGUCUCCCAGACCAACCCCGGCAUUGUCACCUUCGUCCCCAGCUCUGCACAGUUCAGUAACCCACAGAGCUCAGAGCAUUUAAGUGGGCAGGAGUGGAGCAAGGUGACCUCUGGAACAGUGCUGGGCAACCAGGAGGCCCCAGGCAGCUUCUGUCUGUGUCUGAACAGAUCCUUGAGCCACAUGGAGCCGUUAGAGCCAGGAAGCAGGGCCGGCAUUUCCAGGCGGAUGAGGCCCAGUAUCUUUGGUGGCCGCUCGAGGUCCUGGGCCCUGGGCACCCGCUACCCAUACUCAGACGUGUGCAUCUCUCUGGGCAUGGAUGAGGCAGGGCCCCUAGGAGCACGGUCUCUCCACCACCUGGAGCACAAGCAGGCCCAGGUGCAGGCCCUGGAGGCCAUGGCCAAUGUCCUCAAGCAGCGUGUGGAUGUCCUGACUGCCAGGCUGCAGUCUCAUGAGCCACUGGCUGCACCCGGGCGCCUGGGCCCUGACACUCCACUCGAGCCCUGCAGGCUCACACCUACCAUCCCCACAGCCCAAGACGGGGGCGUAGGGGCAUGGCGGGAUUGUCUAGAUACACAGACUCCCCACUGCUCCCCGAACUGCCAGACUCUGCCACGGACAGGAGACCCUGGCGGCCAGACCCGAGCAGAUUUCAUGGAUGACGACGGAGCCUGGGCACAAGCAGAGAAGCUGGUGGGUGGUACUGCAUUGUCCGAGUCCAUCAGCAGCUGUGCAGGGAGCCUCGCUACCCCAGACCCUACCUGUGGCUCCCCGUGGCUGGACGAGAUGCCCAAGGCCCAGAAACUGGGCUCAGGCACGACCUGGACCAACCAGAGCUUCGGUAAGGACGAGCCUGUGGAGAGGCCCUGGGCUGUCUGUGGUAUUAAAGGAUUCUGUGGGCCUUGGGGCCCAGCUAUUCGCUCUUUUGCCUGCUGUGGUCAGUGUGGGGAGGCCAGCAAUCCACUGCCUGAUCUCCAGGACAAGACCACCGUUCGAGAGUCUUCCCUGUCCUCCCUGAAAGCCCUAAAGGCAGAGCUGGAGUUGUGUGAGGCACAGAAAGAUCUGGAACAGCUACUAUUCAGGCAACGGCUACAGUGCCUGACAGAGUCACACCCCAUGGAGGCUGAGCCAGACCCCUACUCCAGGCUGCGGAGGUGGACACACAGGGACUACCUGAGGAGGAACUCGAGGGCUAGAAGCAGAUCACAUGCUCUUGUGGAACUCUUGGCGGCCUCCCCUGUGGACUAUGGGUCCCGAACGGUCUGCAGAGCUCAGCCAUGGGCAUCCCUGGAUGGAAGCCCCACUGCACUCUCCUGGGCUCCCAAGGCAAGGUCCAGAAGUGGGGCCCUUGCAAAUCUCACAGAGUCAGGGUCAGGGUACCAGCGCCUCCAGGACCCAGCUGCCAAAUUCCGAGCUUGGGAAAAUCCCAUCUUGCAGGAACUGCGCGCCCAGAUCCACGAUACGUUGCUGCGCCUGCGUGAGAUGGCCUUCGAAGAGAAGGUGCGCAGUGAGCUGGCCUGGAAGUAUCAGCAGCUAGGGUAUCCGAGCAGCCUGGCUACUGUGGGGGUGCUGUCAACCCUGGGGAAGAGGCAGCAGGAAGUGCUCAGCAGGCUGGAGCAGCAGCAGAGGGAAAUGCGGGCUCUGCAUCGCCAGCAACGAUUGGAGCAUCUCGCCCGGGAGCUGCUCCUGGAUCAGCAGCAUGACCUGGCCUUGGUGCAGAGGUCCUUGACCCGGAUGCAGCAAGAGCUCUGGCUCCGCUCCAGGCUGUCCCAGGGAUCCCACAAGCAAGUUGAAGCUGCUCAGAAUGGAUGCCUUCAGACCUGUCUCCCUCUGGACCGGCCUGCCUGGGUCAUCUCAUGUCCCUCCCAGCCCCAGACAAACCCCCUGAACCCCCAAGCUGCACAGGGCCAAGCCAGCAGAUCCCUGGAGCUGUGCCUAGAGCCAGCACCUCAGGAGUGUGAGGGUGCAGCAAUUGAGGCCCCCUGGAACCGUCUGCAGAGAUCCCUGUUUCCCGGGGCACCUGCAGUGACCAGCAGUCUUCGGGAAGCUCUGCACUGCCCUGGCUCUGCCCUGGAGCUUGAUGGGGCCAUUAGCACAGGGAGCGGGGUGAAGGGCAGCGACUUUCCCCAGCCCCCCGGGGCCCUGCAGCACCCAGAGAUGACCUGGGAAGAGAACGGCCAAGCAAGGAGCGGAGGACUCAGCCCAGCAGCAUCACAGAGGGAGCAUGAAGCCCUCCUGGACCAAGGGCAGCCCAAGGCCUUGCUGUGGAUACCCCAACAGGUGAUUAGGCUGGAUGCAGGGCAGACAUGGGGUCCAGCCUCUCCUGCAGGUGAGGAAGGGGGCAGCACCUCAGCUGAAGGGCACCAGGUCCAAGAGACACAGGGAGAUGCCUCCACAAUUCCCCGGGCUCUGUUGGGGAGCCAAGAACGGAACAUGCUGAGCCCCAGCACACACACCCCAGACCAGCAGUGUCCCCUAGAAACCAGUGUGAGUCCUCAGGUCCUGCCUUUCACCUCCAGCGCAGAUAAUGGGGAGCCAAGAGAACAGAGGACACAGCCACGGCAGGUGGACCCCCAGGACCCCCGAAGACAGGAAGUGCCAAGUACCUCACCAGAACCUGUAAUUGUGGGCCAGGGGGCAUCCAGCCAGCUUCAGGCCCCUGAAGACCCAGACUCUGAGUCAACAGCGCUUCCUGGGACCCCUGUGGGGUCAGGGUCAGGGUUGGACUCUGUGCACACUCUGUCCUUGUCCUCGCUCCAGGACUUCCAAAAGGUGUCGGCCAUCCUGGUCCAGCUGUCCCCAUCCUCCACGUCCCUGUCAGAUCCCCCCAAUUCUGAGCUUUCCUUCUCAGGGGGGUCCUGGAUAGGGGUAGAGGUUGACAAGGCCCCUGUCCAAGGCAGCUCCCCUCUGGCCUCUAGAAGGUCAGGGUCUGAGCUAUCGGUAGCGUCCAGUGAGGUGUGGGGUGAGGAGACCCCACCAGAUUUGGGACCCUGCUCGGACCCAGAAGACCAUGGGGCACCCCCCUCUGAGCCUCCCACCCUGGGCCUAGAAGCUUCCGGAAGCAAUGGGUCCAAUCUGAAGAAGGGCCAAGGGGCAAGUCCUGAGACCUCCCAGCUUGGGCACCCCUCGCACCAGCUUAGCCUGGCCCAGAGCGGUUCUCUACAGGCUCCCCAAGAAGCUAUCCCAAGUCCCUCCACUCAUGGUCACCCCCAACAGGCUUCCCCUGAGCUGCUGAUCUGGGUCCACCCGCAGACUCCUUCUGGAAGUCUCACUCAGGGUGACAGUAGAAUUCCCCUUAGCCCUGAAGAAACCGCCAAAUGCACCUGCUUUAUGGCUGAGGUAUCUGACAGCAGGACCUGUGCCAACCAUCCACCCUUCAGCCCCGAGAGCAAUGCUUCCGAGGACUUCCCUCCUCCCCCUGAUGAUGCUGUCCUGUUCCCUGGUGGCUCUGAGCACCCUGCACAGGAGGCCACCCCCACUGUCCCCGAGAGGCCUUUCUUGUGGGGAGAUCUGGGAUGCAGUGAGGGGGAGGCCUGCCUAGAGGAGGAGCCUGGAGGUGAUGACAGUCCUGGGGCGAUGGGAGAACAAGGUCCCGGGCAGACCCCCUGUUGUCCAGACAUGCCCAGACUGACCCCUGAGACUGUUCAGAUGCUAUGGGGGGACACUGAGUCGAUAGGUUCCUGCAGGGGACACCUGCCAGGGGGGGCGGGGGCUGAGGCUGUGGACCGGAUGUCCACCCAGCUUACGCGCAAGAUCCUGUGGGACACACUGGCUGCUCUCUCAGAGCUGCCUGAAGAUGCAGCGAGUGCCAGCCAGGUCCCUGAAGUGCACACGGCAGCUGCUGGGCCUCAGGAGACACAGCGUUGUUAA